GACAUAAAAAAAAUAUGUUCGACAAAUUCGAAUGUUAUAUACAUAUUCAAUAUUAAGUACUGAUUAUGCAAAUUCUCAAAGUAAAUAUUCUCCUCCCGCACGUAAUAGUUGUAGUUCCCAUUGGGAAUGGCGCGCGAUCUUUUCAAUGUCAUCGCGUAUCCUCAGUGUUUCCGUUUCGAAGAACACUCGAUUGAUUUGUGCGUAGAUUCUUUUACCCAAUGCGUCGCACCGACAUCCAGCGCGUCGGAUCGCAGGAUGACGCGAUCGUUAAAUCAUUCUUUGUGUCGCGCACACACGGCACACGGUGCGGUGCGGUGCGGCGCGGCGCGUGUCGCAUAGUCGCGUUACGCAAUCAGUGCCGCCCUCGGCGUGGCGGCCAGCCCGUGUGCAUCAGUGUGCAUCCGCGAGUCAUGCACGCGAUGCGUCACGAUUCGGUGUCUUCUCCGUUCGGCCUCCAGUUGGUACGUGGGCCGCGCUCGUGUCGGCUCGGUUCGGCGCGGCGAGUCAGAUGUGAUCGAUAAGCGCGGAAAUCGGGAUCCUGGCCCCGCUCGCGUUCAGUUGUCAUUCGCGUUUUCCGCGCGUAGCGUCGUGUCGCGUCGUAUCACGUUGUGCCGCGUGUCAUGGGAGUGCGUGCGACACGCGUGCCGUCCGUGUGAGGUGGAUCAGCCGUGAAGCGGCCGAUCGACCCCGGAGAGCCGCCUGCGACGUCGAUGAGUAAAAUGCGCCUCGAAAAUGUUGCAAGAGGAAGAUGAAGCUCCGUACGAGAUCGCGUCCGAUCCGAAGGGAGAUGAGAUCCAAAAACUUAGUGUUAUACAAAAUCUACCAAGUCUUCUAGCUACCGACACACAAUCAUGUAUGUCUCGAGUGGUACCUAAGAUGCAGCAGUUGCUGGCUACUGCAUCAACCGAGUUUCACAUAGCAGCAUCAUCUACAUUUAAAACGAUUUUAGAGCAGAAGCUUGUCAGCCAUAAUGUUUUUAGUCAGACAUUCCUUCAAAGCAUAUUAAAUUCUCUGGAGAGCCGUGAUCCAGAUUCUUCCAUUGACUAUAAGUAAAGGACAAUUGUCACAAUCUAUCUACUCCAGGAUAAUAUGC